GUUUUUUAAAGUCGUUUGUUUUGCUCGCGUAUCCGCCUGUCAAACAGGUCCCGGAACGCGACCGGAAGUUUUAGCUGUGAAGAUAAGAGAAGAAAGGAAGAAUUUCCAUGAGUUUUCCCGAAUUAAACGGACGGGGGAUGGAACUAGGAUGCGCUCAACUAGAAAAGGAUAAUCCACGAUUAGAUAGCAGAGGUAUUGUGUACAUUUCCUCCAUUCCGAAACAUAUGAACGUGACGAUUCUUCGCAAGCUGCUGCAACCGAUGGCCAACGUUGGCCGCAUUUACAUGCAACCGGAAUGCAAAGGAGCGAAUACAAAGAAACGAACGGUUCUAGGGAAACGGGCGGUCCUAAACUAUACCGAGGCUUGGGUCGAGUUCAGCAAAAAACGUGAGGCGCGAUUACUGGCCAAACACCUAAACGCACAACCUAUCAGUACCAGCCGGAAAUCAGUGUUUUGUGAUAUCCUGUGGAACAUGAAAUACUUACCACGGUACACGUGGUUGCAGCUGAGCGAGCGCUUAUCCUACGAAAAGGCGGUUGGCCCCCAGAAGCGUCGCGCCGAAAUCGCUCAAGCGCGGAAAGUGGCUGCCCACUUUCAAGCCAAUCUGGACCGAAGCCUCUCUCAGAAGCGACGACGAAAAGAGAACCAUGGAAUGGCUUUGGCGACGGUAAAAUAG